AUGGGAUCUUUACUUUGUUGCUGCGAGCCAGCAGCUCCCAAAAAGCGUUCUCAAGAUACUAACUCCUUCAAGCAACAAUUUUUUCUCAUAAACAUCGUGAUUUUCUAUUUAAAAUUAUUUAAAUCAUAUUGAAAAAAAAUUUUUGAUUUUAAAACAUUAAAUUAUAAAUAUUUAAAAGUGUUUUUGCUUUCUGAUAAAAGGGCUUAAUUUCCCAAAAAAUGAUUUUCUAACGGAUUCGCUCUCUAUCAAGGGGUUAAGCAAAGCAUAAAUAUGCUCUCCACUGCUUAUUCUUUAUCAUCUUAUCUUGAUGAUCUCCCGAAUGCUCCAACAUCUUCAAUAAUGAUAGAUGGGUCUUCUGGAAUGAUUUAUUAUCCUGACAAAGAAACAUUCUGCACAAUCGAUUAUCUCCCCAAAAUCCCAGGGAAAGCUAUUCAGACCGAAAAUAACAUGGUUCUAAUUGUAGGCUCUGGAGGUUUUCCAUUUGUGAAUACAUAUAAAGUGGAUUUAAUUCACCAGCGCUUAAUAAAGCUCGACGAUCUCAAUCAAGGCCGAUUUUUCCAUGCAUUAGCAAAUUUAAAAAAUAAAAUAUACGCAAUUGGAGGAUGUCUUAGCGGGAUACUGAAAAGUGUGGAGAUGUUUGAUGGGGAUAAUUGAAUCGAGGUCGAGCCUAUGUGUCUGCCAAGAGAGCAUCAUUCAGCGACCACAUGUAAUGAUAAAAUCUAUGUGUUUGCUGGGGAUGAUUUAAAUGAUGGGAUAGAAGAAUAUGAUGGAAAGCGAUGGAUGCUCCUGCCUGUCACGCUUCCAUUGAAAAUUCGAGAAAUUGGGCUUUGUAGCUUUAAUAACUCGAUUUAUAUUGUGGGAGGGUACAGGUUUGUGCUGUCGAAAUUGGGGGAUAGCAGUAGAUUUUGGAGAUUUGAUGUAUAUAAGAAAAAAUAAAUAAUGGUAAAAUUAAAAGCCUAUUUUCUAGUUUAGUAAGAAUUUAAUUAACUGUUCCCUUUAAAUAGGAACAAAAAACAUGCUCCAAUUUAAAGAGAGGCUAAUUUAGUUUUUAAAAAAAAAUUACUUGUAAUAAAAUCUUAAAAAAAAUUAUGAUGUGAAUUUUAAUAUAAAUAAUUAAAAAAAUUAAUUGAUUCAGUGCGAAAAAUAUUUAAAUAGCAUUCUACUUGUGCUUUUUUCAUUAAAUAAUUUUAUAAGAAUUGGUAUUUUCAUUUUUAAUUGUAUUUAAAAAAAUAUAAAAUUGAGUACAAUACUUUUAUUUUUAUUAAAAAAAUUAAUCGAUUUAGAUUGAAAACUGUUUAAAUAAUAUUAAAUUAAGUCAAAACUAAUUUUAUAAAAUUUUUUUAUUUUCAUUAAUAAAAUUUUUCUAUUGAAAAAAAAUUGUUCUUUAAGGGGGUUAAAGUACUCAAAAAUUGCAAAUUUUAUCGAUAUUUUGUUCCAAUUUAAAAGGAGGUAGUAAAUAAAUUGAGAAUAAAAGAUCAAAGAUUUGAAGAAUUGCAAAAUUUCCCUUAUGCGGAUAGCUUUGAAGAUUCUGGGGUUUAUACCAAAGGAGAUAUGCAUUUUAUUGGGAAAAAAAGUGGAUAUGUAUAUGAUGUAGAGUUUGGAAACUGAAGGGUUAUUGAAAAGAAAAGUGCAUGUAUUAAAUGCAGAUCAACGAAAUGUAAAGGAGGUAAGUACUGCCCAUGAUCAAGAAGAAAAUUGGCAUUACUGAUGUAUAAGUAUGUUAAAAUAGAGCAAAUUAAUUACCUAUAA